AUGGAAGCUGCAAGACAAUCUCGGCAUUAUCUUCGUUUCCUACAAAUCGCUACCAAUAUCAUGCGUUUUUCACAAAUCCCGCCAAAUUCAAAUUCAAAUUCAUGCCCGCUCCAAACAAGGUCGUGCAACAAACGUGUUUCAGACUUGAACUUUAAAUCGUCCUGCCUACGGGGGCCACCUAUUGAGGAAUCUCUUGUCUUGCUUAGGGUCUCUCACUUGCGCUUAUUCCACCACGGUUCUAUCUUUUUAUACAGCUUGGAGCACCCUUUGAUAUUGUGCCUUUGCAAUUAUCACCAGCUCGGGUUGCCCGUCGUGUUUCUAACGCGAAAUUUCACUUAG